AUGCAGAAGGAGAAAGGUCAAGUCUUUAUCAUUCGGGACCAAACGGGGCUCCAGAGACGACGGCCCCUCGAAGAAGCACGACCAACCACUACUACUACCACAUCACAACCUACAGUGCAGGAUCCCAACACGAUACUCCUCUCCAGGCCAUCUUCUACCCAACUCAACGACGCUCAGCUGGUAUCCUCCUUCUGGGACCGCUACUCGGCAGACCCGACGCGGUCUUCUAGAGUGAGGGAACCGGCCUGGCUGUACCAUUCGCUCUGCAUCACGACACCAACGACGACCUUGAGACUCGCUCUUCUCUCUCUCGCAUACACGAGGACGGGCAGACUUCAGAAUAACCAAGUCCUACUGACAAAGGGCCAGGAGCUAUACUGCCAGGCUCUCCGAUCGAUGCAAACCGCCUUGUACGACCCACAGCUCAUGCGGAGCGACGACACCCUCGCGGCAGCCCGCUGCAUGGUCUUGUAUGAAUCCUUCGAGUCGACCUCGGGGGACAUGGGCGCCUGGCAGAACCACAUCAAGGGCAUCGCACGAAUCAUCCAGCUCCGAGGCCCCAAAUGUCAUUGUGACCCGCUCCCCAAAUCUAUCCUCGAGUCGAUGCGGUACAACGCCAUGGUCGUCUGUCUCACAACGAAGGAGUCGUCCUUUCUCGGCGGCUCGGACUGGCUGAUGCAGCCGUGGACCGAGACGCCCAAGGAUUUCGAACAGCAGCUCUACGACUAUGGGUUCACGCUGGCCAAUCUCUUCCGUAGGGGCGAGGAGGCUUGUCGGUGCUUCGAUCGGGGUGUCAUCCUCCAGAUCUUUGAAAAGAUCAGGGACUGCUACUCUGGCAUGGGAACCCUCAGGGAAGAACUCAUGGCCUUCCAAAGAGAACACGAUCACUCCAACAGACGUGGCUUACGUGACCCAUCGUCCAGCAAGCCCAUCGAAACAGGCUCUGCCUUUGACUUGGCCCUUCUCCUCGCCCUGGAGCUAUCAUUCUCCAUAUUCGCCGUCGCCCUGAUCGACCAAUGCCCUACCGACAUUUUCGAGCGGCGUCCAGAUCUUCGAGCAGAGAUUUCCGCGCACACGGACACAUCACGCCGACGGGACUUAUCAAAGCUCGUUAUUCGACUUGUCCACCGCUGUCUCGGUGCCGGGUUCGAGCAUGCGCGACAAAGACUCAUCUUCCCGCUGAACGUGGUGAGGUGGGAGGUGAGGAAGACGCCCGAGGACAGCGCGCGGGUGAAGGCGCUCUUCGAGACGAUCGCGUCGGGAAAUCAGUUUCGGAUCGCGCGCAGUGUGCACGAUGCGGGCUGUUCGACCUUGCCGAGCGUGGUUACGCGCGCUGAGCGGGAUGAGGUAGCGGGCUGGACUAUGGAACAUCAUGGUCCAAUGUCGUCUAGCCCUUUGUGUCAAGGCGGCUGA